AUGGCGGCGGCGGUAGGGCAAAGGGCGGGGAUAAGAGCUGUCAGCCUGUCCAAACCUUUCCUCUGUUUCCGCCUUUUCGUGCUAAUGGCCAACUUCCGCCAAUACUUGUUCUCGUUCUUGGUUCUGAGAGUCCCGGGAGCCGGGGAAGAAAGGGUUGCCUGCAGGGAUUGGGACACAUACCCGCGGGGAAGGCGGGACUUCCGCGUUCCACCGGAAAUGAUGUGAUAGUCGCGGCCACCGCCAGGUGGAACGGCAGUUCCCCAUUCCACUACCGAGCUGGGCAGUUAGCCAGCCCACUCCAACUCUUGGAACCAUGUUUGCAGACUUGGAUUAUGACAUCGAGGAGGAUAAACUUGGAAUCCCUACUGUGCCUGGGAAGGUGACCCUGCAGAAGGAUUCUCAGAACCUGAUCGGGAUCAGCAUUGGAGGAGGGGCCCAGUACUGUCCCUGCCUCUAUAUCGUCCAGGUGUUUGACAACACCCCGGCUGCCUUGGACGGCACAGUGGCGGCUGGCGAUGAGAUCACUGGUGUCAAUGGCAGGUCGAUCAAAGGGAAGACUAAGGUGGAGGUGGCAAAGAUGAUUCAGGAGGUGAAGGGGGAGGUGACCAUCCACUACAACAAGCUGCAGGCGGACCCCAAGCAGGGGAUGUCCCUGGACAUUGUGUUGAAGAAGGUCAAACACCGGCUGGUGGAGAACAUGAGUUCAGGGACCGCAGAUGCCCUGGGCCUGAGCCGGGCCAUCCUGUGCAACGAUGGGCUGGUGAAGAGGCUGGAGGAGCUGGAGCGGACCGCCGAGCUGUACAAAGGGAUGAUGGAACACACCAAGAGCCUCCUACGGGCCUUUUAUGAGCUGUCGCAGACCCACCGGGCCUUUGGGGACGUGUUCUCCGUGAUUGGGGUGCGGGAGCCCCAGCCAGCGGCCAGCGAGGCUUUCGUGAAGUUUGCCGACGCCCACCGCAGCAUUGAGAAGUUCGGCAUUCGGCUCCUGAAAACCAUCAAGCCGAUGCUGACGGAUCUGAACACGUACCUCAACAAAGCCAUCCCGGACACUCGCCUCACCAUCAAGAAGUACCUGGACGUGAAGUUCGAGUACCUGUCGUACUGCCUGAAGGUGAAAGAGAUGGACGACGAGGAGUACAGCUGCAUCGCCCUAGGGGAGCCCCUGUACCGAGUGAGCACAGGCAACUAUGAGUACCGCCUGAUCCUGCGCUGCCGCCAGGAGGCCCGCGCCCGCUUCUCGCAGAUGCGCAAGGACGUGCUGGAGAAGAUGGAGCUGCUGGAUCAGAAGCACGUCCAGGACAUCGUGUUCCAGCUGCAGCGCUUCGUGUCCACCAUGUCCAAGUACUACAAUGACUGCUACGCGGUGCUGCGGGAUGCUGACGUCUUCCCCAUCGAGGUGGACCUGGCGCACACCACCCUGGCCUACGGCCCUAGUCAGGACGAGUACAUGGACGGGGAGGACGAGGAAGAGGAAGACGAGGAGGACACAGCAGCUGGAGAGCCGUCCAGGGAUGCACGAGGGGCUGCUGGGCCCUUGGACAAGGGUGGAAGCUGGUGUGACUCCUGAGUGCCCCCAUGGGGUGUGGCUCUGGGGGGUAGGGUGAGCGGGAGGCUGCGCAUGGGAGUGGGGGCGGGGCCGCCGCACAACAGCAACAGGGUGGCGCAUAAAGGCCUGCUGGCUUGGGGCCCCUGCCUCCCUGCUCCUCUGUCCUCGCACAGCUAAGCUGGGCUCCUGCCCAGGAAAGGGACCCACCCCCACCCCAGCCAGAGGGAAAGCCUGGUCUGUGGACCUGCCUUAGGAAGGGGAGAGAGGGCAGACAGGAAGAGGGGUUGGAGGUGGCAGAAAGUCCAGGACUUGUUCCUUGUGGGCACUUUCACGGCCCCGCCCCCGGAGCUGCCAGGGUGGACAGCUGAGGUUGGCGCCACCCUCGCCUUGUCCCAGACUGGCCCGCCCAGCCCACACUCACACCUUGGCGGCCUUUAUUUAUUCUGUUCCCCAGCCCAGCCACUUCUCCGGCAGAGGGCUGGGCACUGGGCCUGUAUCAAAUAAACACAAACCCAAC